GAUUCAACAGUCUUACACAAUUCACAGCUGUCUAAUUUUUAAUCAUUAAAAGCUAAUAAAGACUUACCCAACACCGUGGGGUUUUUUCAUCCUUUUAGAAUCUGAUCACUUUUUAUGAAUGCCAGAAAGACAGAACAAUAAGUACCACGUGCCAUGCUUAGCCAACCGUCCACAACUACACGGUCCCUGCAGAGUAAUUGGACAAGAAAGACAUGGGGAAAAAAAAACCAAACACCAACUUAACAAAGAACAUUUGGCAGGCUUUUUACACACAGACCAUGUCCUGUUUUCAGAUGCCAACUGAAUAAAAACAGUUUUAAGAGAGACAGGCAUUUGCAGAAGAGCCCUUGAAAGAAUCUUAGCUGUUCUAGAAAAAAAAGAGAACAGUGAAUCAGAGGUGCUUCUAAGUUCCUCACUCAUUUUCCUGAGAGUCAAAUUUGUGUUUACCUUCCACUUUGCGUAAGGAGAAAAUGAUUAAAAAAGAGAUAAGCGUGUAUCAACAAACUCAGGCCAUUUUAUACAAGAAUUUUCUUAAACAAUGGAGAAUGAAAAAAGAGCUUAUUGGAAGAACAAUCAUGAGGAUUGCUGAUAAAGAAAUGAUGGAUAUGGUACUUUCAGAAAACCAGCAUGAAAUGGUGGGAAUUGUGUUUAAUGAUACUUUUUCAUAUCAGCUGAAGUUUAUUUGGGGAUAUGAAAUCCCAAAUAUGGAAGAAAACUCUGAACACGCAGAACACUGUUGGGAUUCUGAUGAUAAAAUUUUUUGUUUCAUGACAAGAUACUGGCAAAAUGGGUUUGUGGCAUUUCAAACUGCAAUUAAUGCUGCAAUUAUAGAAGUCACAAUAAAUCAUUCUGUGACUUCAGUUAUUGGAAUCAAUAUGAGGAUGCUGCCUUUCAUUUCUAACGGAGAAAUCAUAAAUACAUGGUUUACUUUUAUUUGUAUGGUUUAUUUCUCCCAUGUUGUGUAUCUCCCUUCAUUAAAUGUUACACGGGAAAGAAAAAAGUUUAAGAAACUGAUGACAGUGUUGGGUCUCCGAGAGUCAGCAUUCUGGCUCUCCUGGGGAUUAAUGUAUGCUGGCUUCAUAUUUAUCCUGUCGAUUUUUAUGGCUCGGAUCAUAACAUCUAUCCAAAUUGUAGUAAUUGUUGGCUUCAUGGUGAUAUUCACACUCUUUGUCUUAUAUGGCCUGUCUUUGAUAGCAUUGGCUUUCCUCCUGAGUGUGCUGAUAAGGGAACCUAUGCUUACUGGUUUGGUUGGGUUUCUCUUCACUGUAUUUUGGGGAUGUCUGGGAUUCACUGUAUUGUACAGACAACUUCCUUCAUCUUUGGGAUGGACUUUAGGUCUUUUUAGCCCCUUUGCCUUCACUGCUGGCAUGGCCCAGAUUUUUCACAUGGAUUAUUACCUGAUUGGUGUUAUUUUUCCCAGUCCAUCUGGAGAGUCAUACAUAAUGAUGGUUACUUUCUUCAUUCUGGCACUUGAUUCUCUUCUCUAUUUGAUAUCAGUGUUAUAUUUUGAGCGAGUUUUGCCUGAUGAAGAUGGCCGCCAGCAUUCACCGUUGUUUUUCUUGAAGUCUUCAUUUUGGUCUCAACAUCAAAACACUCACUAUGAAGUCUUUGAGGACAAAAUAAAUCCUGAGCAUUCCUCUGAUGACUCUUUUGAACCAGUGCCUCCAGAGUUCCAUGGAAAAGAAGCUAUAAGAUAACAAAUUAUAAUCAGAAAUGUUACAAAAGAAUAUGAUGGAAAGCCUGAAAAAGUAGAAGCAUUGCAAGGCAUAUUUCUUGACAUAUAUGAAGGACAGGUCACUGCAAUACUUGGACACAGCAGAGCUGGUAAAUCGACACUGCUAAACAUUCUGAGUGGGUUGUCUGGUUCUACAAAAGGAUCAGUCACUAUUUAUAAUACUCAACUCUCUGAAAUAACUAACAUGGAAGAAAUGAGAAAGAACAUUGGAUUUUGUCCGCAAUUCAAUAUUCAAUUUGACUUUCUUACUGUGAGAGAAAACCUCAGGCUAUUUGCUAAAAUAAAAGGGAUUCAGUCAGAAGAAGUAGAACAAGAUGUAAAAAGAGUUAUAAUGGAAUUGGACAUACAAAACAUUCAAGAUGUUAUUGCUAAAAAACUAAGUCGUGGACAGAAGAGAAAACUAACAUUUGGGAUUGCCAUUUUAGGAGAUCCUCGGGUUUUGCUCCUGGAUGAACCGACUGCUGGGUUGGAUCCUUUUUCAAGGCACCAAGUUUGCACCUUCCUGCAGGAGCAUAAAACAAACCACACAAUCCUUCUUAGUACCCAGAUCAUGGAUGAGGCUUACAUCGUGGCUGAUAGGGAAGUGUUUGCGUCUAAUGGGAAGUUGAAAUGUGCAGGGUCGUCUUUGUUUCUGAAGCAAAAAUGGGGUAUUGGAUAUCACUUAAGUUUACACAGGAAUGAAAUGUGUAAUCUAGAAAGAAUUACAUCCCUCAAUAGACAGCACAUCCCUGAUGCCAAGUUAGCAGCAGAAAGUGAAGAAAAACUUGUGUACAUUUUGCCCUUGGAAAGAACAAACAAAUUUCCAGAUCUUUACAGUGACCUUGAAAAGUGUCCCGACCAAGGCGUAAUGAAUUAUGGUGUUUCCAUGACAACUCUCAAUGAAGUCUUUGUGAACCUAGAAGGCAAAUUAACAAUUGAUGAGCCCGAUUUUGGCAUUCAGAAAGAGGAGAAAGUCAAUGAGACAAGAGAUACUGGAACUGAGUCUGAAAUGCAACAGGCUCCUUGUUCUCUUCCUGGAUUGAGAAAGGUCAUUAGUACUGGAACUCUCUGGAAACAGCAGGUCUGUGCCAUGGCAAAGCUUCGCUUCUUAAAGUUAAGGCGUGAAAGGAAAAUUCUUUUGUCCUUGUUACUGAUACUUGGUAUUCCUUUUACCCCCAUCAUUUUUGAGAAGAUAGUGGAUGUGGUAUCUAAUCACACUCAUUGUUGGGAGCUUUCAUCCAGUAUGUAUUUCCUUUCUCUGAAACAACCCUCACAGGCUCCUCUUACCAGUCUGUUGGUCAUCAAUAAUACAGGAUCAAAUAUUGAAGACUUUGUGCAGGCACUGAAGCAUCAGGAUAUAUUUUUAGAAGUUGGUGACUUUAGAAAUAGAAAUGGCUCAGAUGAUCCUUCCUACAAUGGAGCCAUCAUAAUGUCUGGUGACUGGAAGGUGUGCUUUGAACUUAAGAAUGUCUUAAUGGUGGACUUUGGUUCUUUGAAUGGACCCUUAUUUCUCUUGGUCCUUGCAAACUGCAUUUCUCCUUACGUUGGCAUGAGCAGCAUCAGGAAUUGCAAACAAAAAACUUGGUCUCAGUUAUGGAUUUCAGGCCUGUGUCCUUCAGCAUACUGGACUGGACAGGCUUUGGUGGACAUUCCGUUAUACUGCUUGAUUCUUCUUUCAAUAUAUUUAAUUAACUACUUCAUGAUUUUGGACCUCAACUUUUCACUGGGACUCAUGUUUGCUCUUGGCACCUGGGUGGCUCAGUCGUUAAGCAUCUUGACUUCAGAACUCUCUUCCAACAUGGCCCAAGACAACUCUCCAAACAAGACCAUAACAAUGAAUCAGAGACGCAGCCGCACCAAAUUCACAGAAGAUCAAUUGAAAAUCCUCAUCAAGGCAUUUCAUCAAAAUCCUUACCCAGGUUAUGCUACCAAACAAAGACUCGCUUUAGAAAUCAACACUGAUGAGUCCAGAAUCCAGAUUUGGUUUCAGAAUCGAAGAGCUAGGCACCAGUGCCAGAAAAAAUCAGAACCCGAUGAGGACUUAGAAUCAAGUCAAGACCAAGAUCACUCUGAAGAGGAGAUUCAAAGUAGAGAAGACAGACGGUGUCAUACCAGCUACACUUCUUCGCAAUUACACACCCUCAUCGAGGCAUUUAUGAACAACCCUUAUCCUGGCAUUGAUACCAGAGAGCAACUUGCUAAAGAAAUUGGCAUUCCAGAGUCAAGAAUCUCAUUACUUUUACUCAACUUCCUAUCAUCAGCUGAAUUUGAAAAACCCAGUUUAGUUUUAUGCAUGAUUUCAAUGCCUUUCUACACUUUAAUUGGAUUUUUCAUGUUUUUAGUAAAGCUAUCCCAUAUAUAUAUGAAACACUUGGAAGGUCUGGAUAAUGAAAUCAAGGAAGGCCAUGAAAGCAUUCUCUUAACAGUCUUAAUCCCAUACCUUCAGAGUAGCAUUUUCCUUUUCGUUAUAAGGUGUCUGGAAAUGAAGUAUGUAAAAGAAACAAUGAGGAAAGAUCCAGCUUUCAGGAUCUCCUCAAGAAGUAGGGAAAAUCAUCCAAAUCCAGAAGAGCCAGAAGAAGAAGAUGUUCAAGCUGAAAGAGUGAACACAACAGAUGCACUCACUACUCUGAACCUGAAUGAGGAAAAUCAUGUUUUGCCAGUCAUAAUGGCAAGCUGUUUACACAAGGAAUAUAAAGAAAAGAAAAGAAGUUGCUUUUCAACAAGAAAGAAGAAAACAGCCGUAAGAAAUGUCUCCUGCGUUAAAAAAGGUGAAGUUUUGGGGUUGUUGGGACACAGUGGAGCUGGUAAAAGUACUUCUGUUAAAAUAGUAACAGGAGACACAAAGCCAACUGCAGGAGUGGUGGUUUUACAAGGCUGCAGAACAUCACUGAGGCAAGUGGAAGAUGACACCCUCAAGUGUUUGGGGUACUCUCCUCAGGAAAACUCACUGUGGCCCAGUCUUAUGGUGCAGGAACACCUGGAGUUGCACACCGCAGUGAAAGGAAUAGGCAAACAGGAUGCUGCUCUUAGUACUUCAUGAUUGGUGGAAGCUCUCAAGCUCCAGGAACAACUUAAAAUUCCCACGAAGUCCUUAUCUGAGGGAGUAAAGAGGAAGCUGUGCUUGGCGCUGAGCAUCCUGCGAGACCCGUCAGUGGUGAUUCUGGACGAGCUGUCCACGGGGGUGGACCCCGAGGGAUAGUAGCAAAUGUGGCAGGCAAUUCAGACCAUUGUUAAAAAACAGAGGAGGCGCCUCCUGACCACCCACGCCAUGGCAGAGGCCGUGUGUGACGGAGUGGCCAUCAUUGUGUCCAGAAGGCUGAGGUGUAUUGGAUCCAUUCAACAUCUGAAAAGAAAGUUUGGUAAAGAUUAUUUUCUAGAAAUAAAAAUGAAGGACCCGACUCGAGUGGAGCCUCUCCACACAGAGAUUCUGAAGCUCUUUCCACAGGCUACUCGGCAGGAAAGAUAUUCCUCCAUGAUAGUGUCUAAAUUACCUGUGGAAGACGUUCACCCUCUAUCUUGGGCCUUUUUCAAAUUAAAGGCAGUGAAACAGACCUUUGAUAUGGAAGAAUACAGCCUCUCUCAGGCUACCUUGGAACAGGUAUUCUUAGAACUCUCUAAAGAACAGGAGCUGGGAAGUUUUGAUGAUCAAGUUGAUACAACAGUUAGAUGGAAACUCCUCCCACAGGAAGAGGCUUAAAACCCUGAAUCUCCUAACAUGAGAUUUUAGGUCCUACUACAUUAUUAGUUUCCAGAAUUCUAGAACAAUCUUCCAAAUUACCACAGUUCACGGAGUGGGGCCUCUAGCAGCUGCACCUACAUCAUUGGACUCCAGACUAGCGAUUACAACAGAUGAGCCAGAGCGGUACCAAAUCCAGGCAGGGGUCAUUUGAGAUCCAUCCCAGAGGUCUGAGCAAGAACAGAAAUGCUGACAGUUGGCAUACCUCUAUAUUAGAGAGGUCCGCAAACUCUGAGAUUUUGUUCUAGAGUAACGCUGGUCUAAUCCCAAGAGUGGAUCCUAGUCACUCUGACCACAAAAUGGGCAUUUGUACAUGUUCUUCACCAAGCAGAUAAGCAACAUACAGAAGCUUAUAAGAGGAAAACAUGCAAAAGGAGAAGAAAUAGAAAGCUAGAUUUACUGCUGCAGCUAAAAUUCCAGGAAACUUGUAGUUCUAAUAUGCUGCCAAAAUUCCUAAGUUUCAGUUUACUUGAAAAUUUUCUUUAUCUAGAAAGUGACUUGUGAACACAUACUUUGUUUUGCCUCAAUAAAGCUUUGAUAUAGUCCUAGAUAGCCAACCUCCCAUAUCCACAAACUUUCUGGACACAGAGAGUCAGCUCUCUACCAUGUACUUGAAAGUAUAAUCUGGGAGCCAAUGGACAAAAUAAAGUUGGCAAGAAAGAAGAGGCAUCUACCAUCUCCACUUAGGAGUCCACAACCUUUCAAGAGAAAAGCUUACCUUUGCCAAUAGCCACUCCCAUAUAUACACCAUCAAUGCCUGACCCUCUCACCCUUCAUCAUAAUUUCCUGGCAAAACCUCAAUCUUGGUUAAACCUGUUUUAAGAGAUGAACAUUGGUAAAAAAUACAUAUGAACAAAAUAACUAGUCUCACUUUAAAUGAAUGCCACUGCCUGUCUUCAAGCCUUGAUCCUGCCUGGCAACUGCACUGCAUUCCCCUCAUCUAUUCACUCUUUCACCCGAUUGGAUGAUUAAAUUACUUAGCCACAUCUUCCUGCUUCUCAGGCUCUAACAUCUCUCCUCUUUCACUCUCAGCAGGAGACCUUGGUUCCCACUUGACUGUGAAAAUGGAAGCAAUUAGAAGAGUGUUUUCACAACCUGAGCAACCAACCAGGUUUCAGUGCCCCCAUAUACUCUUUCUUCCUAUUAGUAUGAAUGAACAGCAUUCCUAUAUAAAGCUAGUAUUCACAUCUGUGUAUGUGAACCUUGUCUCCCCCUUCUCCUGUUCAUGAACAUACACUGUCAAAUGCCUGCCCCCAUCUGCAUUUUCUUUAAAAUUAUAGCUCAUAAGGACAGCUUUUUAAGUGAAAUGGGAGGAUUUCUAGUGACUGAGAGUUGAGAAGGACUGUGAUCCAGAUAACUUUGGACCCCCACAACAAACUCUAAGGAAAACAAUGGCUUAGUACCCAUGUGAAAAUCCCUAGGAUUCUCUGCUCCCAUGCCCACUCUGUCUCUGUUCUUUUCUUUUUUCUCUUCUUUUCUUUUUUUGUCCUUGUUCUUAACUAACAAUUAAAACUGCAAAAUCAUAACAGAUGAAAAGAUAAAGAUGGUGUAUACACAC